AUGACUGACGACAUAGACGUUGAGGCCAUGCUUGAGGAUCAUUACGCUCGGGAGGGCUACUCGAAGUCCAAUGGUCAUCGAAGACGUGGUCGUUCACGUUCCAGGGAUCGUAGCAGAAGACACAAGUCGCGCAGCAGGAGCAAGGAACGUCGACGGGAUAAGAAUCAUGAAUCCGACCGAGGACGACGUGAACGCCGUCAUAGUUCGCGUGACCGGGAUCGACAUAGGUCUAAUAGAGAUGACCACAGGUCGUCGCGGACCGAAAGACGUCAGAAAUCUCCUGAACUUAGCCCAGAAGAGCGAGAUGCACGGACUGUGUUCGUUUGGCAGCUUUCUGCGCGCAUUCGACAACGAGACUUGGAGGACUUCUUCACUUCGGUGGGUAAAAUCAGAGAUGUUCGUUUAAUCAUGGACAACAAAACCAAAAGGUCGAAAGGCAUAGCCUACGUUGAGUUCCGUGAAGUAGAGUCUGCUCAGCUGGCCCUCGGACUUACCGGCACUCGCCUAUUAGGCGUUCCAAUUCAGAUUCAACAAAGCCACGCUGAGAAGAAUCGAGUAAGUGCCACUCCCUCGUUGCCCCGGCCGUCGCAACAGAACAGGGGGCCGAUGAAAUUAUACAUAGGUUCUUUACAUUACAACAUCACAGAAGAAAUGUUAAAAGGUAUAUUUGAGCCCUUUGGAAAGAUAGAGGACAUAAAAUUAAUCAAGGACCCUACUACUAACCGUUCGCAAGGCUAUGGCUUCGUAACAUACGUCAACAGUGAUGACGCUAAAAAGGCACUGGAUCAAUUAAACGGGUUUGAGUUGGCUGGCCGACCGAUGAAAGUGAAUCAUGUAACCGAACGCAGUGAGUAUGCUUGUCUAAGCGCCCUGGACAACGAUGAAGCUGACCGCUCAGGCGUUGAUCUAGGCACCACUGGGAGAUUAGCUUUAAUGGCAAAACUCGCUGAAGGCACUGGCUUAGAAAUUCCCAAAGCUGCCCUUGCUCAAUUGCAUAUCGGGCAAAACAAUCCGAUACUAGGUUCAGCUGGAAGUGUUAGUUCAUCAUCCGCAAUUGCUCCUCCCGUGUGCACACAAUGUUUUAUGCUAUCCAAUAUGUUUGAUCCACAUGUCGCUACUCAUUCGGUUUUCGAAGAAAUACGCGACGAUGUUAUUGAGGAAUGUACCAAGGCCGGCGGAUGUCUCCAUAUUUUUGUUGAUCGCACCAGUGCCCAAGGAAAUGUUUACGUCAAAUGUCCUAGUAUAGCAGUCGCAACUCAAUGCGUGAACAUGUUACACGGUCGGUAUUUCUCCGGACGGUUGAUUACUGCAGCAUAUGUUCCUUUAAUAAAUUAUCACCAACUCUUCCCAGAUUCCGUAACUGCAAAAACACUAUUGCAUCCUUCAAGUUGA